AUGGACAUUGGAUACAAUGCGGCGCGAAUCCUUUAUCUUCCCUUCGAGUUGUGGGGCUCAGUCUGUCAAUGGCUUAAAAAGGACGAUAUUAGGAGCACACGCCUAGCGUGCAGACUCUUCAAUGAGGUAGCAUCCCCGUUCCUAUUGCAACGGGUAUGGAUAUCCUCAAAUUCCGAGGACCAGAAGACUCUGACAGCUAUUUCGCUACAUCAAAUCUUCAGCAAGUACGUCAAGGAGAUAUACUACGAUAGCACUAUAUACGACCCAGAUCUACUCAGCAUUUUCAACGAUGAUAGGUCUUAUAGAAAAUAUAUACGCAGAUUCCUGAAAGAUAGAUCGAGGACUAUCUGGCCGAAGAACGCAUUACGAUAUGCUAUUUCUCAGUAUAAGGCGAGAUGCAAAGAACAGAUUGAGCUCCAAGCCUACGAAGGAGCGCACCUAAUGCGGUCAUCAGACGCUCCGCCUAAUUUUGGGUCUCUCCUUACAGCCGCGAAAGGAAGCGAGGAAGUACCACAUCGCCUAGAUGUCGAUACAUUUGACAGGUAUCUACCUGCGGACCUCCUAUGCCUCCUCCGCGCUCUCCAACGCAUGCCAAGUGUGAGAAAUUUUGGCAUCUCUGACCGUCGAUGGUCAGAGUCCAAAUACUGGUGGCACGACUGCCGAGAGUACGCUACAUUCUGCGAUCUCAACGAUAAAUCCAACAUUGUUCACUCGGAGACAGUUCGAAGUCGGCAGACAGUGCAAAUUCAUCCACAGCACUGGCCUCAUAAUGCCGGUUGGCAUGCCGUUGAUUGGGAGCACUCCAGGUUGUGGUAUCGUGGCUUCUACGUACUCACACAAGCAGCAUCAAUGUUGAACCUGAAGCAGCUUCGAUCAUUCGUCACUGAUAGUGCAAAGCAGGGUAUUUCAUACACAGUGCUAGAUAUGGCCAGCACAGAGCUUAUGCAUACUUGCAACGCCUUUCGACAUCUCGCAACUAUCAGCUUGCAGAUCGACACGCAAAAUGGUAAUUCCCAGUGGAAUUGGAUCAAGUUUUUGGGCGGUGGCAACGUUGCUCUAAUGCUCACUGCUGCCCAGGGCCUUAAGCAUCUGGACUUAGGGUUCGAUAUGCCUUACACCGAAAUUCGUGAGCUUGCGAAGCUGCUUGGACACCUUGCCUGGCCGUGUCUCCAACAUGUCGGCCUGAGCAACAUGAUCUUGGAGGAAGAUGAGCUCGUGGCUUUCCUUACGAGGCAUAUCAGCACACUUGAAUCGAUCUCCUUGGACUACAUGAUUCUUUCCAAACACCACCCUCAAGAUCGCAUAUUUGAAGAUUGGACCCCAAAGUCAUGGAAAGGUGCAUUUCGAAGCAUGAGCGUACUGGCUCUGAACAAUCUUUGUAUUUCCAUACCUCUCAGCGACGGCGAACCACGUUCAACGCGAGGUUACUGGCAUAGUGAUGACCCCGCGAAAGUUAACCGCUUCCUGGCCUCUGGUGGACACACAGGGUUUGCUGAAAAUGAACUUCAGUAUGAUCGGGAGCAGCAGCGACAAUGGCUCCAGGCACAGUGGGAGUAUGAAAAUUUGGAUCGAGAAUAG